GAUUUUACUGCUGAUGCUAUUGUUAUGUCAUUAGUCUGGUCACGGUGGUGCUCCUUUUCUCACCCAGGGACCAUUGCUGAAGAAGGGGAACGAGUAGAUUGUAAGGAGAUUUCUGGAGGGGUGGCCUGUGGGUAAAAUUGUAACAUUUCCAGAGCAACUCACCUGGUUUUAGUGCAUUUGCAUAUCCUCAGGGUGGAGAGAAGUUCAUCUCCAUGUCAGUGGGUAAAUACCUGGGCAACCGAGGGCAUGUCUGAACCUGAGAGUUUAAAGGGAGGGGCUUGCUUGCUUGCUGGCUUGCUUCUUCAGGAGCAGGGGAGAGAGAUGGCCCUGCACUGCAGUGUAUAAGCAAAAACCAGGUUUCAAACUUUAUUUCUCCCUUUCACUGAUUUUGGUUUUUAGAGGUAUUUUGCCCUGGGAUUUCCUUUCUCCGGACUUACAGCCCUGCUUUUUUUCUGGUAUCAAUUUUGUCCCCAGGCUGCGUUCCAUCCCAGUGGCAAAUGUCUACAAACAGCAAUUAGGGCUGUAUGUUUCUUAAGACAUAGUCAAAGAAAGAGAAAAUAUUAUCACUAAACCAAAACAGGAAGAAAAGUCCCAGACCUCACCUACUGUAUACAGAUCAUGCACCACCCCAAACCAAUCCCAGCCGAAGGCCCGGUGCCACACUGUGAGAGCAGCAGAGGCUCCGAGGCCCCCGUGGCGUCCACAGUGACUGCUCCUCCUCUAUUUGUACCAUUUAUGGGAUACUACUGCAUUCUUCCAUGCUUUCCACCCUAUCAAACUACAGGAAACCAAGAGUUAACAGGCAUUUGUUGUAAACAUUAACAGGAAGGUAAGGGCAACAGCAAACAGGGAGGCUUCUGGAGAGCUGUUGGGACGCUGCAGCUUGCGGACGGGCCCCAAAUAGAACCGUCACCCCUGUGAGGCUCGUCUAGGCCCAACCCGGGGAGAGGCCACCCACCUUCUCACCGCGAGAGCCUGGCAGAGCCCCGGCCUGAGACCUCCCGCAGCCACGAGGGCUGCGGGCAGGCGGCCUCCUUCCCGAACAGUCUGGCCGGGGCGGCUCCGCGGAGCUCGGCGUCUCAAGAGCCCCGGAGAUCAGCUGUCCGUGCCAGGCCUCCGAGACUUCCCCAAAGAGCCAGGUAACGGCAGGCGCCUUGUGGGGACCUGUCCCUGGCAUAUUUUCCCGUCACUCUCCCACGACUGUAUAAACUUGCAAGACGUGGCCCCGAGGCGCGAUAUGCACGCUCUCACAGCCUAUCCCCGCGGCGCAGGGCCACACCCUCCUGGGUUCGGCCCCGCCGGGGGCUGGGAGCGGAGCUAAGCCGGCACGGUGGGCGGGGCGCGCGCGGGGAGCCGCCUCCAGGAUGCAGAGGCGGAAGCACCGCCCGGCCGUAGCCCUGGAGACGAGGGGCGUGGGACCGGACCGGCGGAGCGUGACCUUUGACCCGCGGCCGUGGCGACGUCUUAGGUGGCGGCGGCGGCGGUGGCGCGCAGUGGGGCUUCGGUGCCGCAGGUCACGGCGGGCGGCCGGCCAUGGAGGAUCCUGCUCAAGAUGGGGUGGCUCCAUCAGCCACCCCCGGGACCGGGAAGUCUAAGCUGGAAACACUGCCUAAGGAAGACCUCAUCAAGUUUGCCAAGAAGCAGAUGAUGCUAAUACAGAAAGCAAAAUCAAGAUGUACAGAAUUGGAGAAAGAAAUUGAAGAACUCAAAUCAAAGCCUGUUGCUGGAGGAACUGAUAAUAUUAUUCAGGCAUUGACUGAACGUCUGGAUUCUGUUCUUCUGGAAAAAGCAGAGGUUGAGCAACAGUGUCUUUCUCUGAAAAAGGAAAAUAUUAAAAUGAAGCAAGAGGUUGAGGAUUCUGUAACUAAAAUGGAAGAUGUACAUAAGGAGUUUGAACAAUCAGAAAGAAACUAUGUGAAAGAAGUGGAAACUUUGAAAAAUGAGUUAAUGAUAGUACAUUACAAACACAGUGAGGAGAAAGCCAGCUUGCAGAAGGAGUUGGAAGAAGCAACGAGAAAACAAUUAGAGCUUUCAGAACAACUUAAACUUCAGAUAAGUGAGUCUGAAGAUAAUGUUAAAAAAUUACAAGAGGAGAUUCAGAAAAUUAGGCCAGCCUGUGAGGAGCAAAUUCUACAUCUGCAAAAGCAGUUUGCAGCUGCCUUAAAUGAAAAAGAACAAGAAAUUACUCACCUCCAAGAAGUCAUUGAGGCUAAUUCUCAGCAUUACCAACAAGAUAUUAACAGUUUGCAAGAACUUUUGCAGUUGAAAGCUACACACCAAGAAGAGGUGAAAGAAUUGAUGUGCCACAUUGAAGCAUCUGCUAAAGAACCUGUUGCAGAGGUAAACAGCUUAAACCAGCUAAAGGAGAACUUAGUUAGACAAUGUGAGGCACAUGAGAACAUUCAGAAGUAUGAAUGUGAAUUAGAAAACUCAGGGAAAGCCUCAAGUGCAAACCAAGAAAAUCACAUGUGUGCUUUGCUCUUACAAAAAGAUGCUUUUGAAGAACAAGCAGUAAAUGAAAAAGUCAAACACUUAGAAGAUACCUUAAAAGAACUGGAGUCUCAACAUAGUAUCUUAAAAGAUGAGGUGACUUAUAUGAACAAUCUUAAACUGAAACUUGAAAUUGAUGCCCAGCAUAUAAAGGAUGAGUUUUUUCAUGAACGGGAAGACUUAGAGUUUAAAAUUAAUGAAUUAUUACUAGCUAAAGAAGAACAGGGCUUUGUGAUGGAAAAAUUAAAAUGUGAGCUAGAAGAUUCACAUAAACAAUUGUGCUCUACUGAAGAACAACAUAACAAAGAAGUACAGACUCUUAAGGAACAACAUCAAAAAGAAAUAGCAGAACUGAAUGAGACAUUUUUGUCAGAUUCAGAAAAAGAAAAAUUAACAUUAAUGUUUGAAAUACAGGGUCUUAAGGAGCAGUGUGAAAACCUACAACAAGAAAAGCAAGAAGCAGUUUUAAAUUAUGAGAGUUUGAGAGAAAUUAUGGAAAUUUUACAAACAGAACUGGGGGAAUCUGCUGGAAAAAUAAGUCAAGAGUUUGAAUCAAUGAAGCAACAGCAAGCAUCUGAUGUUAAUGAGCUCCAGCAGAAGCUCAGAACUGCUUUUAAUGAGAAAGAUGCUCUUCUUGAAACUGUGAAUCGUCUCCAGAAAGAAAGUGAAAAGUUAUCUCAACAAGAAUUUGUACCAGAACUUGAAAAUACCAUAAAGAACCUUCAAGAAAAGAAUGAAGUGUAUUUACUUAAUCUCAGUCAAAAAGAUACCAUGUUACAAGAAUUUGAAGCCAAAAUAAGUUCUCUUACUGAGGAAAAGGAUGAAUUCAUAAGUAAACUAAAAAGUUCUCAUGAAGAGAUGGAUAAUCUCCAUAAGAAAUGCGAAAAGGAAGAAAGAUUGAUUAUAGAACUUAAGGAGAAAGUGGAGGAAACUACCCAUUACAACAGUGAACUACAACAAAAGGUAAAUGAAUUAACGCAAGGACUACAAGAAACUUUAAAAGAAAAGGAUCAAAAUAACCAAAAACUAGAAAAGCUUAUGGGUCAGUUGAAAACUGCCUCUGAAGACCAGGAAGCACUGUCAUCUGAAAUGAAGUCUCUUUCUGAGGAAAAUAAUAGACUUAGUUCAGAAAAAAAACAAUUGAGUAGGGAUUUGAAAGCUCUCCUGUCUCAGAAAGAAGAUUUUAUGCAUAAGGAACAUGUUUCUGAAUUAGAAAAGAAACUUAAGUUAACAGUUGAAGAACGAGAUAAUUUAAGUAAAUUGUUUGAAAAUGAGCAAGUUCAGAAGUUAUUUGUCAAAACUCAGUUAUAUAGUUUUCUUAAACAAAUGGAGUCAGAAGUUUCAGAAGAAAAUGAAGAGCAAGAUAUAGUAAAUGUCCUACAAGCUGUAGGUGAAUCCUUAGCUAAAAUAAAGGAGGAAAAACACAACUUGGUUUUUCAAUAUGAUAAAAGGGUAGUAGAAUUGGAAAAAAGGAUUAAGUGCCUUCUAGAAGAGAAUGUAGCUCAGUGUGAGGAACUCAGGUCUUUACUGAGAGAAUCUAUGCAAGAGAAAGGUCUCUUAAGGAAAGAGUUAGAAGAAAGCCUGUCAGAAAAAGAGGCCCUGCAGACUGGGCUUAUAGAAAUGAAAAAUGCUAAUGAAAUAACAAGACUAGAAAAGCAGGAUCUUCUAAUUCAAGUUGAAGAAGUAUCUCAAAAAUUAUGUAGCAAAAGUGAAAUCCAUGAAAAAGAAAAGUCUUUUAUAGAGGAACUUGAAAACCUAUGGCGGUUACUAGGACAAAAAGAAUCUGAAUUGGAAGAUAUGAAAGCAGAGUUAAUGUUAUUAAAGGAUUCCUCAGAGAAAUCACCUUCUGUAGAAAAUGACCAACCUUCUCUAGUAAAAAAGCUGGAAGAAAAAAUAGGAUAUUUGGAAAAAGAAUCCAAAGAGAAAGAGGAGAAAAUAAGUAAGAUAAAACUAGUUGCUGUGAAGGCAAAGAAAGAACUAGAUUCUAGCAGAAAAGAGGUCCAGACUCUAUGGGAACAACUUGAAUCUGUUCAAUCAGAAAAGGAUCACUUGUCUACUUCCAUUAGAGAUCUCAUUCAAGGGGCAGAAAGCUAUAAGACUCUUUUAUUAGAAUAUGAUAAGCAGUCAGAGCAGUUGGAUGCGGAAAAAGAACGAGCUAAUAAUUUUGAGCAUCAUAUAGAAGACCUUACAAGACAGUUAAGGAAUUCCACUCUUCAGUGUGAAAAAUUAAAUUCUAAUAAUGAAGAUCUACUGGCUCGUAUUGAGACACUACAGUCUAAUGUCAAAUUAUUAGAAAUACAGAUUUUAGAAGUCCAGAAAGCCAAAGCAGUGGCAGACAAAGAACUGGAAGCUGAAAAACUUCAGAAGGAUCAAAAGAUAAAGGAGCAUGCCUGUUCUGUUCGUGAACGUGAAGAACUUCAGCUACAACUCCACAAGGAAAAGAAACAGCUUCAGAAAACCAUGCAAGAAUUAGAGCUGGUUAGAAAGGAUGCCCAGCAAACCACAUUGAUGAAUAUGGAAAUAGCUGAUUAUGAACGUUUGAUGAAAGAACUAAAUCAAAAGUUAACUAAUAAAAACAGCAACAUAGAAGAUUUGGAGCAAGAAAUAAAAAUUCAGAAACAGAAACAAGAAACCCUGCAAGAAGAAUUGACUUCACUGCAGUCUUCAGUGCAACAGUAUGAGGAAAAAAACACCCAAAUAAAGCAGUUGCUUGUGAAAACCAAAAAAGAACUGGCAGAUUCAAAGCAAGCAGAAACUGAUCAUUUAAUACUCCAAGCAUCUUUAAAGGGCGAGUUGGAGGCAAGCCAGCAGCAAGUAGAAAUCUGUAAAAUUCAGUUGGCUGAAAUAACAUCUGAGAAACACAAAGUUCACGAGCACCUGAAGACCUCUGCGGACCAGCACCAGCGCACACUGAGCACGUACCAGCAGCGAGUGGCAGUCCUUCAGGAAGAGUGUCACUCUGCCAAGGCAGAACAAGCCGCUAUAACCUCUGAAUUUGAGAGCUACAAAGUCCGAGUUCAUAAUGUUCUAAAACAACAGAAAAGUAAAUCUAUGUCUCAGACUGAAACCGAGGGAGCUAAACAAGAAAGAGAACACCUGGAAAUGCUGAUUGACCAACUAAAAAUCAAAUUACAAGAUUCCCAAAACAACUUACAGAUCAGUGUAUCUGAACUCCAGACAUUACAGUCUGAGCACGAUACUCUGCUGGAGAGGCACAACAAGAUGCUGCAGGAGACAGUGUCUAAAGAGGCCGAGCUCCGGGAAAGGUUGUGUUCAGUGCAGUCAGAAAACAUGAUGAUGAAGUCUGACCACACGCAGACUGUGAGUCAGCUGACAUCCCAGAACGAAGUCCUUCGCAACAGCUUCCGAGAUCAAGUGCGACAUCUGCAGGAAGAGCACAGGAGGACAAUGGAGACCCUCCAGCAGCAGCUCUCCAGGGUGGAGGCUCAGCUUUUCCAGCUUAAGAGCGAACCGACCACAAGAAGCCCAGCCUCUUCCCACCAAUCUUUAAAGAAUCUUCGAGAAAGGAGAAACACAGAUCUUCCGCUUCUGGACAUGCACACCGUAACUCGGGAGGAGGGAGAAGGAAUGGAGACUGCCGACACUCAGUCUGUGUCCUCCACCGGCACUUACACCCAGUCAUUGGAGCAGCUUCUUAAUGCUCCAGAAGCUAGCAUUGAACAACAUCUUGCAUGGCAUGCUGAAUUCACCAAAGAAGAAUUGGUUCAAAAACUCAGUUCCACCACAAAAAGUGCCAGUCACUUAAAUGGCCUGCUCCGGGAAACCGAGGCAACCAAUGCCAUCCUCAUGGAGCAGAUUACGCUUCUCAAAAGCGAAAUAAGAAGAUUGGAAAGAAAUCAGGAACGGGAGAAGUCCGUAGCUAACCUGGAAUACUUGAAGAAUGUCUUGCUGCAGUUUAUUUUCCUGAAACCAGGUAGCGAAAGAGAGAGGCUCCUUCCUGUCAUAGAUGCAAUGUUGCAGCUCAGUCCUGAAGAGAAGGGAAAACUUGGAGCAAUUGCUCAAGGUGAAGAAGAAAAUGCUUCCCGCUCUUCCGGAUGGGCAUCCUAUCUGCACAGUUGGUCUGGACUUCGAUAGAUUGAUUGGAAAAAAAGCAUUAAUUAACCCAUAGAAUCCAUUUGGCAAAAAAGGUUCAUGUGUAUUGCUGUCAUUCUUUUGUCUAGAGGUGUGUGUGUGUGUGUGUUCACAUCCACAUGUAUUUGUACAGACAUGUCAGAUGUGUUUAAAAAGUCUCAGUUUGGAAUGAAAAGUACAGCCACCUGCCGUGUUGCUACAGCCUACCCUCUGCCCCGCCUCCCAGGCAUGCUCCCGGAUGAAAGCACCAGGAAUGAAUUCACUCCCUUCUCCCCUCAAGCUCAGGACCUGCCUAGUUCUGGCCAGUUAUAUGAAUUGCAAACUUUAAACUAAAUUUUGGUACCAUGCCAACUGGAAUUUAGGCUUUAAAAUGAUGUUACAAGACUAUUUAUUGUAAGGUCAGACUUGCAGGUAGUUAUCAAAUUGUGAAAGAAUAUUUGUUAGAAUAUGAAGGAAAAGCUUUAUUGGUAAAGUUGACAUGUUUAUUAAGGAACUGUAAAGUAAAUAUGCUGCAGUUAAUUAUGAGAAUAAAUUAAAAUGCAAUUUAUUUAGUUGUUUACUUUAAAAUGAACUGUUCUUUUUCUCCUUUUUCUCUCUGAAGUAUGUUAACUCAGCACCCCCUCUGUUGUCAGAAGCCCCAUAUUGGCUGGUGACACUGAGUAUGAAUGGAUGGGGCCACCACAUCACCGUGCAGUGACCCCAUGGUGUCUCUCCAGAUUCUUGUUAUGUCCACCUGCUGCUGAUCUAUGAGUCUGUUUCAGGAAUCUUCUCCAUCUCCCCAAAUAAGAAUUUUUCAGAACAUUGACUCUACUACUCAGCACUGUAUCUGAAUAUGAAACUGGCAUGUCCCAUGUGUCGGCAGAGAAUGUUGUUAGAAGCCUUCCACCAGAGGGGAUAUUUAAAAGACCUCAGAGAUCAAUAUUACAUUUUCACGGCCCUUGUGAUUAGCUGCAGACAUGGUGGUACUUGCCUUUGAUGCCCCUGGAUAUGUUUUAUUGACUAGAUCAAAAUUGUGUUCUUAAAUCAUAAACUUGAGAAUUCCUAUUUUUAAUAUUUAUUUGUUAGAAAAUCACUGCAUAGUAUGCUCUCUGAGGUUCUCUCCAGCCUUCCGUUUUGUACUCCUAUUUUCAAUCAGCAGGUGACCUGACUCUCUAUUUCAGUUACUUAGAAUAUUGGUUUCCAAUUUAAAUUUGCUGCUUAAAAAUAUCUCCUGUGUCUGUCCUCUUGUUCUAAAACAGACCUAACUAGUGAAUGUAUUAAUGAAGGUGCAUCCAUUUCAAAGCUGACUUUAAACAUUCAGUUGUUGGACUUUUUUAAACUGUGGAUAUGAGUAUGCCAGCAGCACACGGUGUAACAGCGAUAGUACUUAAACUUCACUUUCUUUAAGUCUAGCCCUUUUUGAAGUCUGUAUAAACUUGUUUUGAAAUAUAGACCCUACUUACAAAUGUAAAAACAAAAAUACCUUUUUGCAUGAUAAAAAAAUGAUUUCUUUGAUUACAAAAGGAAUAUUCUUUCAGCAAUGAGAGGAAAUGUAAUGAUUAUUUUAACAUUUCUAUUAAAUGUUUAACUGUAUAUUUUUAA